AUGGUAUAAUAUUACUAUUGGGAUUUUAUAAGAAUCUAUUUAAGAAUUAUUGUAACUUUAGUGUACACAUUAAUUGGAUAAAUUCAAAGAGAUCUUUCAAUAAAUAUAAUUUUAUUGACUUUUGCUUUGUAUAUAAUGCUUAUUAUCAAAUAUAAUCCUUACAUUACAAAAAGACUUAGCUUCAAUGAAAUAACAUCAUGCGCAUUAAUUAUGGUAAAAUUAGUAAUAAAUAACAUUAAUUUAGAUAACUUUAUAUUUAACACCAUAUUUCAAAUAGCAGAUAUUCUUAUUAAUAUAGUAUUUGUCCUUUAUUUCAUUUGCAUAAUUUUCAUAGAAAAAUCAAAAAAUUAAAACUCUAUUUUGGGAAAAAUCUUCAAAAAAAUUAUUAUAAUAGUAAUUCCUAAAAAAUAUCAUAAAGUUAUAUUAAAUGAUAAAAGAGUGUCAAUUAAGACUUACUUUAGGUGGAUAUUAAUUAAAAAAAAUAUAAAUAAAAUUGUGUAAAUGAAGGCUGCAACUAACUUUAAAAUCGCAUUAUAUAAAUAAGAAAGCAUGAAGAAAUAAAUGCUUAAGAAGAGUCUCUCUUAAUAUUCAAGAAAUUCAUAGUUGUAAAAAUAGGACUCUUUUAUUAUCUAAAAAAAAAAUAUAUUUUAAAAUCCUACUUUAAGCAACUUUUCACCAAAAAUUAAAUUUUAAGAUUCAAAUAAAUCAAAUCUUAAAAAAAAUAAUAGCUUAAAAGAUAACAAAUCAUAACUACUUCUUUUAUCUCAAAGAACUAGAGAAUGUUCACCUAUAUUGAAUCUAGAAUAACUAAAUGAAUAGAAUUUAUAAUUAAGAGAUAGGAUUUCUUUAUCAAGUGAUUAAAAAAAAUGCAAGAAAAUUCUAAAAAAAGUUAAAAGAUAAAAUUACUAAUCUGAAGAAGAUAGUUAUUAACUUGAUUCGCCAAAUAAGCCUAUUAUUUCUUCAUAUAGUAACAUUAUACUCAAAUAUAUAACAAAUAAAAAUUAAGAUAUUUACUUGAAUGAUUAAUCUCCCAAUUAAGCUUAAUUCUUAGAGACUACUGAAAAUCAAAUAAAAAAUUAAUAUUAAAUAUCUAAAAAAAGCUCUUAAGUCUAAUUUAUUUGA